AUGUCAUCCCCGGACAGCACGUCAACGCCAAGCAAUGAAUCUACCGUCGGGGAUGAAGAGAAGAACGAGUCGACGCAAGAUAGCGUGAGGUCCGAAUCGGAGCAAGAGGAAGGCGAGCACCAGAAGAUCCUGAAUGCCGCCUGGGGCACGCAUGGGAGAUGGUGGAUGUGGACGGGCAUCGCUCUGAUGUGGACUAUUUUUGAGCUCGACUACACCACCAUCUACAACUACCAAAACUACGCGGCUUCGGACUUUGGCGAGAUCGCCCUGCUGGGGGCGUUGACGACGGUCGGCACCAUCGUCAGCGCCGUGCUCAAGCCUCCGCUGGCCAAGGUCUCGGACGUCAUGGGACGCGCCGAGACAUACGCGGUGGUGAUCGUCUGCUACGUCGUGUCGUACAUCCUCUGCGCGUCCGCCCGCGGGUUCGGGCAGUACACGGGCGGCUACAUCGUCUACAGCGUCGGCCAGACGGGCAUGCAGAUCCUCAACCAGAUCAUCGUGGCGGACAUCACGUCGUCGCGGUGGCGCGGGCUCGCCAACGCCCUCGUCAGCCUGCCCUUUAUGGUCAUCCCGUGGUGCUCGGCGUUCAUCGUCGACAGCGCCCUGGCCACCAUCGGCUGGCGUUGGGGCAUCGGCAUGCUCGCCAUCAUCAUGCCCGUGUGCUCGCUAAGCGUCAUCGCUCCCUUAGUUUGGUUUCAACGCCGUGUGGAGCGGGCAGGCGGCAGGAUGCGGCGGAGGACUUCCAUCAAGGGGUUCGCGACCCAGAUCGACCUCGGCGGCAUGCUGCUGCUCAGCGGCGGCUGCGGGAUGCUCCUGCUGCCGAUUGCGCUGGCGGGGAACGCGAACGGGAGCUGGCGUGCCCCCUGGGUUCCGACGCUGAUCGCCAUGGGCGUGGUGUGCCUGUGUGUGCUAGUCUACUACGAGUGCCGCGUCGCAACCAAGCCGGCCCUGCCGCCGCGACUGUUCCAGAACAUCUCGCUGGCGCUGGCGCUGGUGAUCGGGCUGCUGGACGCGUUCGCCUACAGCGUGACGCACACGUACCUGUACGCGUGGGCGACGGUGGUGCACUCCCUGGCGCCCCGCGACGCCACGUUCCUGACCUACACGGCCGGGUGCGUGCAGGUGGCGACGGGGCUGGGCACGGGGUUCCUGAUGUACCGGACGCGGCGGUACAAGUGGCUGCUGCUGCUGGGGGUCGUGGUGCGGCUGGUCGGGUACGGGAUCAUGCUACGGCUCCGAGGCGCCGACAACUCGCUGGCCGAUAUCAUCGCCAUGCAGGUCGUGCAAGGCGCCGGCAGCGGCGCCGUCGGCACCGUGGUCAUUGUCGUCGCCCAGGUCGUCGUCCCGCGAGCCGACCUCGCCCACGCCACCGCCCUCGAGCUGUUGUGCAUCUACCUAGGCAACAGCGCGGGCGCCGCCGUCGCAGGGACCAUCUACACCAGCCUGUUCAAGGCGCGGCUGCGCUUCUGGAUGGGAACCGGCACGGCGUCCCAGGCGGCGGCGAUCGAGCGCGUCUACGACUCCAUCACGGCGGCGGCAGCGUCGUCGUCGUCGUCUUCUUCUUCUUCUUCACCAGACACGGGAGACCGCAACGCCAUCAACCUCGCGUACUCCGACAUCCUGCGCUACAUGACCAUCGCCGCGUUGGUGGCGUCUGCGGUGCCGAUGGUUAUGGUCUGGUUCCUGCCCAAUCUGCAAUUGAGCGACAAGCACAACCUGGCGGGGAAUGUGGCCAAGCCUGACGAACGAGAAGCUCAGGCCCGAGUAACUAGCGAGACCCGGCUGCAGAGGUGGAGGCGGAGGAUACGGUGGUGA